AUGAGUUUCCACGGACAGGCCAUCGGCCAUCUGGUCCGCCGUGGAGUGUCAGCCGCUCAGGAGCACUUCACCGGCGCAAAUGCCGAAUACAUGCAGCAACUGCAGCACGACAGCGAGUUGUACGAGGCCGCGGGCCCGGAAAUGGAGGUCAACCCCAUGGAGAUGCUGCCCAUGCUCGUCACCGCCCUGGUCACCCUCUUCAUCAUCGCCUCCAUCCGCUAUACCCUGGGCGACGUCAUGGCAUCCCUCACGAUGAUCGAAUCGCCCACCUCCACCGCCUUCAUCGAGGACAAGCCCCCCGCCUACGCCGAUGAACCCAAUGCGCCGCUCGAGAAGGAGCCAUUGAUGCCCUCCGAGGCCGAGGCGGAUAUGGAUGUCGAGGUCACUCUGAUCAGGAACAAGCCCAUUACUGCAAGCGUCCGCGACACCAUGGCUCAUUUGUCGAGCGUUGGCGGCUUCACAUCUCGCUGGAGAGGUCUGCGCGCAUCCUUCAUGUACCACGGGCUGCACGGACUCAUUACCAACUUUGUCGGGGAACUUCUCGGGUUCGGACUGAUGGGCAACACCCUCAUCUACGUCUUCGUCUCCGUCGCUCUCGCCCGCUUCCACAUGGCCUGGACCCACGCUAUGAUUGCCACUCCAUCCUCGAAGCCAUUCUGGAGCAACAUGGUCGCACGCAAGGAGUCCAAGGCUGUCAUCAUGCCUUCGUUGGUCUUUGCCCUCGCUCAGCAGGCUACCUGGGUUUUGCCUGUCGCCGUCGCAUAUGCUCUUGGCCUUGACAACAUCGAGCAGGACCACGUCGUCGAAGCUGCUCACUCCAAGGACUGCGCUAUGCUCGGCAUGAUGGGACUCCGCGUUCUUGCCGUCCCUGCGACCGCCAUCUUCGUCGCCUUUGCCGUUCUCCUUCCAGCAACCGUCACCUUGACUCGUGUUGAGGCUCUCCUUCUCCCAGAGGACCGCGAGACCAUUGUCCCAUUCGACCGCCAGGCCCUGGUCGGUGAGCUCGAUCUCACCGCUCGUGGCAGCUCCAAGGCUCUCUUCUUCCAGGCAUGGCGCUCAUUUGACAGCGCUUCUCGCUGGAGACUGAUCAAGGUGUACGUCAAGAUGGCUGCUCUCCAGCUCGCCGUCGUCUUUGUCAGCGCCCACUUGAUGAUCGCCGAGAUGUAUGUCAUUGGUGGCGAGAGACUGGGACUUUUGUUCAAGUCUGGUGCUGCUCAGAUUCAACUGGCGGCUAUUGAGGCCCAGCAGGAGGCCAACUAG